ACGCAGUCGAUUCUGCCGCGAAAACGACAGUGGCGACGAUCAGGACGUCACACCUACAUGCGGAUCUUGUGGAUUUAUAACGUUAGUGGAAAAGAUGAAUGAAGAAGAUACAAAUAAAUAUGUUCAACGAAAGAAGAGAAACAUUUGGAAAGUGCAUGAAACAAUGUGUUGUUGGUAUAGCUGAUAUUUCAACUCAACUCCCAACAACUCUACUUGAACUCUGCCUAGUGGGAGUGCGGUAGAAACGGUUGAAGGUAGAAAAACUGGCAUCUAUUUCAGCUCUAUUUGAGCUCGACUCUGUGUCUGUGGAAACUAAGCCGGUAUGUCAUCAAACAAUAGGUAUAUUCGUUUGGGAAUUCUCUUUCAAAUCACUGUCAGAGAAGUCAUCGUCAUCCGAAAUGGAUUCAGGAAAUGAUUCUUCUUCAAGAGAAUCGAUGGAGAGAAGAUUUCUUUCUGGAUGAACACAGUCAUUUUCAGUUAUCUCACAAUCACGACUAUCGCUGAUACACUCCGAACGGAUGGACACCUUUUUGAUUUUACGGCUGCAGCCUUCUCUGUAGGAUACCAGCAUUUACUGCGCGAUUCAGGGAAACCGCAGAAAACCUGGAUAGUAUCUCGAUAUCCACUCCACUUAUUCGAGAUUGUUCUUUUAUCACUCCACUAACAGACUUGGAUGCUUCCCGUGACGUGUGGAUUGGUCCUGGGUCCUUCUGAGAAAGUCCUGGAUGUCCUUGUAGAUAUGAAUCUCUCGUGGAUAAUUGAACCUCGAAGGAUGCAGCUAUUUCACCACUGUCACCAAAAUUUUUAUUAUGUGACGUCCAGAUCGUCGCCACUAUCGUUUUCGCGGCAGAUUCGACUGCGUGAAUCUGACGAGGUGGGUUCGUUAGCCACCAAAGCUCUGAUGAGCACUCCAACGAUGUUCAAUCCUCUGUAUAUACAUUGAUUUCUGGUACGAUGAUGUUAUGGGUUUUCAACUGAAUAAAGGCUUUAGAAAUAAAAAUGCAGGUGCGAUUGGAAAGCACUAUAACUAACUUUAUUUACUUUAAUUAUAAUGUGAUUUAGUCUAAAUCAAUCUAUCUUAACUGAAUCUAGCUAAUUGACUCUACGAUAUAGACUCGAAGUACACCCUUCAAGACCAGAAAUCGAACUGGUUUUCUGGAUCCCAAGGGAUACAGUUCUUCAUACUUCUCAUGCAUGCAUCCGUACUCAUACACAUUCAUAUGUACUACCCUUUGUGGAGGGCCAGCGUGUGGCGCCUUGGUGUCCGGGUCCAAGAUCGAGGGCCUUGUCUUACGCACAAAGAGCUCAUGCACACCCUAUCCUUAGUUUAUUUGGGGAAGCACAUAGACAGCGUAAUCUGUUAACCGAACAUUCUGCUAUCCGUCGAUCCUCUCAAGUGACUCGAUUUAUUGCCAGGAGUGAGAGUUCCUGAAAAACUCACUCGUUAGAAUAGCAAUAAACAAAUGGCCUCUGCCUACAUUCUUUGUAGCCCAUAUGUUUAUGCACGUGUAGCGGCUAGAAAACUUUCUCCGAAUUGUUUAGAAUAUACCUUAUUUAUGCGUUAAUGGCAGACUGAGUAUUUGAAAGUAUUGAAUUCUGAUUUGGAGACAGAAAUCGGGAUUCCAUUGUAAUCCCUCAUUUGAAUUCGCCGCUCAAUUCUAGUGAGAUUAUUUAUCACUAGGCCGCGACAUAAUAACAGAAAUACUAGGGAAUUUGAAUCUCAUCGAUAAUUAGACGCCUAUAGGACAUAAUUCCAAAGAUGAGAUUGUAUGAAUUUGUUUGCAUAAAAUAUAGAAUGUAAGCUAACAAGACGUUGAGGAAUAUCAAAAUAAUUCUUGGCGGAUUUAGUGUUUGAUCAGCUGUAAGGAAGCAUCUAUUUGCAAGAUGCUCCUGACAUUUUUCUACAUGAUUGCAACCUGGAUACAAGCAUGGAGGCUCUCCUCUUUGAGAGCAAGACUUAAUAUUGCUUUUCAGGGACCAGAGACUUCUCGUCCUUCAAUAACAUUCCACACCAGAUCACCAGUAUGCACAAAAGAAGAAACUUGUGGAGACAAAAGCAUUGCUGGAAUUGGAAAUGGCGGGACUGAGGAUUUACUUAGUUCUUAUUUUUGCGGGAAUCAUAAUGUUGCCAAGCUUAGCGACCUUCUCUGGUUCCAAGGUGAUAAGUGCCUCUGUACAAUUUAUCCUCAGCAAAAAGUGGAUGUAACCGAUUGGCUUCAAUAUCCAUAUGGCAAAACUUUGUUUCCCCUUUGUACAUACAAUUGUACUCAAGUUGGACUCCAUCAGGAUUGUAAGAUGCAUGUGCUCAUUGAAGCGGACUUGAAAAGUUAUAACCCGGUGGUCACAAACAAGACUACUAAGCUUGAAGACUAUGGUUUAAUAGUCGCUUGGACAACAGACCGAAGUUUAGGACUAAUAUUAGAAACGGAUCUAGAUCAUAUAACAAAAUUCUCAAUUGCCCUAAUGAACGACCAGUGCUUUAUUAACAACGGUUUUUCACUGACCCGAAUCCAAUCCGUUUUAGUAUCAGGGAAGCCCUGUGCAUAUAACAGCGAUCAGUUGAAUCAUAUUCACAAUAAAAAAUUAAUAGGGAAAGCACAGUGCGAGGCACAUAUGAAGAGAUUGCAAAUAUUCAGUAGCACCGCAAGAUUAGUAUCGCAACAAAGAAUGACCAUAGAAGUAGAGGAUCCACCUGGAAUAUUUAUAUCACCAGGAAGUGAGUCACUAACACUGCAAAUGCCUACGAUACUUGAAAUUACAAUACCUGGUGACUUAUCAGAUAUGAAGGAAGAAUCAUCCAACUCUCCUGUUCCAUCAACGCCACCUCCGACCCCAGCGUCUGCUACUGCCAUUAUAAACGGAACGGCAUCCAGACUAUCCCAAGCUUUGACCAACUCAGUUGAUCUUAGUCCAACCCCAUAUUUAGACAGUUCAGCAAUCCUCUCUGAUACUCCAAAUCGUUCCGAAUCUCAGAAUCUCCAUUUGAAGGAUGUUAUCAACAUUGAAGUAGCAUCUUCUGUAAAUCUUCUAGGAUCAAGUUCCUUUAAAUCCUCACAUGUAACUGAUGAGGGUGAAGGAAGAACACUAUCGCCAAAGAAGUUACCGUCAACUAGCACUGCAAACUAUUCGCCUUCCAAAAAACUUGUUACUGGUUCUGGAAAUUAUUCAAAGCCUCCAAAUGUGUUAAUAUAUGCUGACAGUACCAUAGCUAUAGAAAAUGUGAAGAACGUUUUGGACGCCACAUUAAAUAAGGACAAAUAUACAAUAUACACUUUGUCCCUGGAGGAGGCUCAAAAUGAAGUUUGGAUGGAUCAGGCAACACUCGUAGUGGUUUGUGGAAAUGUAGGAGUAGACAUAGCAUCUCAAUUAGUAGAAUACAUGGUUCAAGGUGGAAAACUGUUAGCUCUAUGUUCAAACACAUUGCAUACCCUACUUCCAUCAUUCAAAACAGCUGAAGUUCGGGAACACGAAUUAGUGCGAUUUUCUUAUGGAAAAUGGAAACACGUACGAAUGAUGCAUCAUAUCUUUUGCUAUCAGGCAUCUCCAGCCAAGACUAAAUUCUCCCAGGAUCACGAGGAUGUGAAGGUAGCUGCACCUCAGACUCCAGCUUCAGCUAAUGUUAGAGAUAAAGCUGGCAAAUCUCAUACGUUUCAUGUACGUGUACUUGGGACAGAGGAAAUCUGGCACACACCAAGCAUUCUCUUGGCGAAUCUUCCAACUAGCGGUGGAAAGGCUGUCUUCUCACAGAUCCACCUAGAAGCUGAUCCAUCCCAAUAUGAAUUCGAGGAAAGUAAAUUCAAUGCACUGAAGCAAAGCAAUACCGCUCGAUUGGAGAUCUUUAGUGAUCUGUUGGGUACCCAAUUGGGUAUGGAUGUCAGUUCUGAGCCACGAACAGAACCAAUCUACGGUUCAGCAUUUUUUCUGGGAAGACAUGAGUUAAAAUUAGAAAUGCUGGACCGAUUGAAAGCCAAAAUGCAACCGAACGACCUACUAAGAAUGUCCAAAUUAGAAAUUCAGUUUUGUGAUCGCACAACCAAGGCGGCACCAGCAUCGGAGUUUUUGUUACCAGUGAUGGUACAUCAAUGUCCUGAUAAGUUUUCUACUGUUGAAUAUUUUGAGAAUCUUACUUCAGAACAUUUGGGUCGUCUGGUAAUAUAUGCUGACAUUAUGUCAUCCUCUAUGGAUGUAGUAGCUGGCACUACUUUACAUCAUGGUUUAGUGGUGAUACCACGGCGACAGACCAAGGGUCAAGGUCGAAAGAAAAAUAUUUGGCUUAGCCCUGAGGGUUGUGCUAUGUUUACUCUUCAGCUUCACAUACCAUUGAAUUCACCUUUAGGAAGACAUUUACCGAUUCUUCAACAUUUGGUUGCUGUAUCUAUAGUUUCUGCUAUAAAAUCUAUCCCAGGCUAUAAGGAACUUGAUCUCAGGCUCAAGUGGCCUAACGACAUUUAUGCGGGCAGUACAGCAAAAAUUGGUGGUUUAAUAGUGAAUACAGUAAUGGAGGGACUAAACGCUAUUUGUAACAUAGGGGUGGGUGCAAACUUAUCAAACAGCGUGCCGACCUGUUGUAUAAAUGACGUAAUCGGUUGGUACAAUAAACAAAACGCUACAAAAUUGCAGAAGCUGUCGUACGAAAGAUUUUUAGCUCUUGUCUUCAGUGAAAUCGAGAGACUGGUAAAUGUCGUUCAGGCUGACAACUUGGAUCAUUUAUACGAAGUGUAUUACGAAUAUUGGAUGCAUACAGAUGCUGAGGUUACUGUAAUCUCACCACAAGGAUCAUCCCAGGAGGUGAAAGUCCUGGGUAUUGAUGAUUAUGGCUUUCUCCAGGUUGAAGGUAAAGAUGGAAACAUAUUUGCUGUGCAUCCGGAUGGGAAUAGUUUCGAUAUUCUCAAAGGACUCAUAGCCCCGCAAAAAUAAGCGCUUACCAUUAGGAUUGUACUGGUGUGUUUAUGCAUUUAACAUUUAAUAUAAUUAAUUAUUACACAGUUGCUUCAUUCCAUGUAGUUCGCCAGAAAUUCAUCUAAUAAGAGCAGCAUACGACAUGACAAACGUCAUCAUAAUCGAUGUUUGUAACUAUUUAAUAUAACAAAAAGCGAACCAUAUUAUCCUAAGGAGCAUGGAAUUUGUUAAGUUUGUAUUGUUUGUAAUUAUGUAAUUAUGUUAAUGACACUUCACAAUGCUUAAAGACAUUUCUCAUUUAUUGAUACUAUAUACGAAUGACAAAAGUUGAAGAACAAUUUAUAUAAUACAAUUUUCUUAGGGUUCUUUGAGUAGAACGAAGAGGGGCGAAGGAAAUAUUUGUAUCCGAAAUAUUUGAAAUCUCGACACUUUAUUUUUAAAAUGCAGAACUCUAUGAGGCUCUAGUGAUUCGAUAAUUAAUAAAUAUAUUAGGAAUUUAUAACCUAAUUUUUCUAAUUUUAUCUAAAAUAAUGUUACACUUGCUAUUCACCAUUUAAACGCUUCACCGGCCUAUCAAGAUAUUAUUCCAUGAUUAUAUAAUAAGGGAUAAUAAGACUAAAAAAUUACUAAAGUGAGUCGAAGUUGAUGGCAACUGGAUUGCUGUAAAGAAAAGUGAAUCCAAAAAUAAAAUAAUUCGUAAGUGUCACUUUAAAUAUUCACCUGCAAGGAACAUAUAAAAAUAGGUUUUAAAUUAUGUACGCGUAUUAAAGUAUGGAAAUAUGUAAAAGAUUGUAGGUGCUAAGCAAAAUUAGUCUUUCAAAUGCUGCCUACAUAAAUAUAUACAUCUAUUCAUACGUUACAUACAUAACAUUCUCGUAUAUAGGCAUAAGUAUCUCGAUAAAAAAUUCUCCGUGUGAUUUAUGUUCAUAAUAUAAACAAUAUUGUUCAUUCCCCAUUUAACAGUGUUAUAAAACGUAUCAUGAAGACGGGGAAAAUUAAGGAAGACAAAAUAAUGAAAAAUAAAUAUUUGUAAGUCCUUCCAAAAAAAUAAACCCUAAAUGUUAUCUGACGAAAGAGUAUGUCAUUGUUAUGAAGAAAUUCACUUAUUAAUUAUACCAUGAUUUUAAUGCA